AAGUGAAAUACAGGGAGCAUAAGGAGCAGGAGGUUAAAGGUGAACCUCACACACAGAGAGAGAGAGAGAGAGAGCGCGAGCUUCAUCCUCACCGUCAUCAUGGCGCUGAUCCCCUCGCAGGUUCUCCGGGUCGCCAUCCUCCUCUCGUACUUCUCCAUCCUGUGUCACUACAAAGCUCUGGACAUGCCCGCGAACCAGACGUACGGCGGCAGCUGGAAGUUCCUCACCUUCAUCGACCUGGUGAUCCAGGCGGUGUUUUUCGGCGUGUGUGUCCUGAUCGAUGUGUCCAGUCUGCUGACUAAGGGAGGCGACAGCAGGGAGCAGGAGCGGCAGCUGAGGAAGCUGAUUGGCCUGAGGGACUGGAUGAUGGCCGUGCUGGCGUUUCCCGUCGGAGCAUUCGUGGUCUUCACGUUCUGGAUCCUGUAUCUGUACGACAGAGAGCUGGUUUACCCCAAACUCCUGGACAACUUCAUCCCUCAGUGGCUCAACCACGGCAUGCACACCACUGUCCUGCCCUUCAUCAUCAUCGAGAUGAGAACCACCCACCAUCGAUAUCCCAGAAGGCUUUGGGGCGUGGUGGCAGUGUGCUGCUUCGGCGUAGGAUACAUCCUGUGGACGUGUUGGGUGCAUCAGGUGACCGGCGUGUGGGUUUACCCGGUGCUGGAGCGCAUCACGCCGCUUGCUCAAGUCGUCUUCUUCAGCGUGAUGAUGGCGGUAAUCGCAGUUUUCUACGUCCUCGGAGAAAUCCUCAACGGCUACAUCUGGGACCACACACACACACACACAGCAAAGGUCAAAGGUGAGUGACCUUCUCUCGCCGGCUGCAGGAGGACGGGUUGCAGGAGGACGCCCCCACCUGUCCAGGACAGCACAAGACAUAAAACAAGCGACCUUCUGAACAGUUUCCAUGACAACAACAAAGAAGAGUCGACGCUCAUCUGUUUUUUUUAUUUUGCGGAGGACAGUAAACAUGAAUAAUUCAUUCAUUCAUAAGCUACAGUGAAAGAACUGAACAUUCAUGUGUUCAUCUGUUUUAUUCAUAUUAUGCUUCAUUACAUCACAUUAACACAUGUGGAAGGACCGCCAAUAAAGUUUAAGUUAAAAAUA